ACAUAAAGAAGUGUCAAGUGUACGUAGAAGACAGGAAAGAAUACCACAGAAAAUAAAUGUGAAGUGCUUCCAGUUGUUUCCAUAAAGAACCAACUUGCCUUUAGUAGACUUGACAGGUGACAGGGCAGUGAAUUGAUUUUUUCGAAAAUGUCAUUAACAGACAAGCUUUCCAUGCUUAUGGCCCGGCCGGGCGGCGACAAUGUCCAAAAAGAUGACGUGCCUUGGUGGAUGCGCUACGGUGGUCGGGGACUUGGAACAGUUGGCGGAAUGAUUGCCAUAGUCUUGGGCCUGGUGAACUGCAUCAGUAUCGUUCUGCUGGACGUGGGAUGCCUGAUCUCCGGCAUCUGGCAGAUGCUGGCCGGCUUCAUAGCGAUAGUCUGCGAGGCGCCAUGCUGCUGCUUCUUCAUAGACUACGUACAGACCCUCAGCGAUAGGAUGGAAACCAGGCCGUAUUGGAAUAAGGCUGCCUUGUACAUUGGGCUCGCGAUCCCGCCUUUCUUCAUGUGCUUCAUCAGCAUGAGCACGUGGUUCGGCAGCGGCCUGAUCUUCGGCACCGGCAUCAUCUACGGGAUGAUGGCGCUCGGCAAAAAAGGCUCCAUCGAGGACAUGCGGACGUCGGCGGCUCACCUGGAGGCGGGCGCGGGGCUGCCGUCCAGCGCGCCGCGCGCUACGCUCGUGAGCAACGAGCAGCCCGUCAGCUUCACCGGCGCCCCCGGCCUGCCCGCCAAGCACUAGUCCGCAGGUAUGCGCUCCUGCUACACAACACACACGUCAAUUUACAUUCUACUCGGUUUUCCUACGAUUACUCGAUUAUAUUGAUAUUUAGCAUGAUUAUCGAUAAAGUAUUUUCAUGAUCGUCACUGGUAUGGAGAAUUAAAAGUGUAAUCAUUGUACUUCAAAAUAAUUGAUGUUGAUGAUUAUCGAUUAAGUAUUUUGAUUAACGUCACUUGUAUCGAGAAUUUGAAUUCCAACCACUGUAGUCAAAUACAAAUUGAUGUUAAUGCAAAAGCUUUGUUGAGAACUUGCUAAGGUAACUGAUUAGUCGAUCUUGUGUCGUUUUUGGACGCAGUCAGUUAAUUAGUCAAUUGAUAUGUUUUGAACCGAUAACUCGGUCCUAUAGCAGUUAGUUGACUUGGAAACUGAUCACUCGAUUGUUCGAUUAAACAGUGUCAUCAAUUAUAUCGAUUAAUCGUAUUAGUGUAAGAUUGUUAACCUAUGUCAUUUUUGAAUAACCUAACAAACAUUUGUAUCAAAAUUGUUCACGUCUAAAUUAAUAUUUCGCUACCUAGGGUAUUGUUUUAGAAUGCCUUAGUAUAAUACAAUUUUCUAGUUUGUUUUUGUAAAAAAAUACAAUGACUGGUGUUUUGCUAAGAGAUUUAUUUGUAAUUUUUGGUACUACGGAGCGCAUAGUGUGUAUUUAAGUUGUGUCUAUUGCGUGGUGUCAGUUUUUGCUAUGUGAAAGCUACCCAUGGACGUUUCGCAUUAUUCCACAUCAAAACUCCUUAGUUUAGUGUUGCCAAUACAAAACCAGUGUCCUCCAAACAAAUAAUAGAAUUGCCAACAUUUUUUCAUUUGUGGUCCGCUUUUAGAUAGUUAAUAUUUUGUCUAUGAUGAUAUUCAGCAUGUAUUGUAAAUUAAUAUAUUCAACUAUUUGUUAUAUCUAUAGAGAUUUAUGAAAUAAGCACAUAUACUAGAACUAUUGUACCAUAUCGCUUGGCCCAGAAGAGAUAUAUCUGAAAUAGUAAUUAUGUCUGUUGCAAUAGAGGCUACUUUUGAAUGGGCCCUAAAGUAAUAAAUUGUUCAUAAUAAAGGACCAAUGCAUUUGGAAUCAAUGAGGAAAGUAAACGGAAAAUGGAACUUUUUAGAAUUUGUUUAAUGAAGUGGCAAUAUUAAUGUUUAUAUAAACUGCAACAUUGAGAAUCUUGGACUUAUGUACCCUUUCAAGGCAACUUGGUAUUUAUUCGUUUAGGUAUAAAGUUCUAAUUGUAAUGUAGCCGAGGCUGUUAAUAGUAUAAUUUUGUAACGUUAAGUUAUUGUGCGCGGACGAUUUUUGUUUCGCUAUUUGAUGUUUUUGUCUACAUUUGAGAAUGUUCUAGAAAUGUUGAAGUAACUUAGGAAAAAAUGAAUUGAAUUUUCGACUUAUUUUUUGCCUUGUUACACGUAUUAUGGUGGUCCAGGUAAUCUCAAACCAUAUAAUAUCUGGUUACAUAGCCAGAUCUUUUUAUAUUUCUAGAGCAUUCUUUAAAAUAUGACAAAAAAAAAAUCUAUAUUUUACACAAACAUAUCUUCGUAAACCUAGUUCAGAUUCAUACAUAGUAACAUUUUGACUUGUAACCUUAUUUUUAAUUGGUCACACAGUCAGUUGACCAAUAAUAAUUAUUGUGAUUAUACUUUUUUUCGUCCAUAUAGCUGUUGGUUUAUAAUUUGAUAAGCAGCCAUGUUGCAAAAAUAUUAAAAUAAUGGUAGUAGCUAGCGAAAUUUUUCUUAAAAUGUAAAGUGGUUAUUUAUUGUAUUGUUACGAUGUUCUGAGGACCUAUCACCACGAACUAAAGUAAUUAUAACAGUUGUUGAAAAGAGACGACGCUCUACGCCCGUGUAGUGCUGUCUCGUUUCCACAAAGCGGUGGCGGUUGGCCCUCUGACCUUGGUUAUAUACUAUCGUCAUCAUCAUGUCGUGGAUUGUGUUGGAAGCAUUUGUUUCUCUGUGUUAGAGUAAUUAGGAAAGGAUUCCUUUGCCUUCGUGGCGGACUGCAAUCUAACUGAAGGCGCGCAACUCUAAUAUUGGACUUGUAAAGUGCUUUUGAAAACUUAGUCCGUCGUAUAAGCUAGAUGCAACUACGCAUACGGCGGGAGUUCUGCACGGAGAGUACAUACAGGUAUAGUGGCUCCUUGGCAAGUAACACCUGUCCAAAUACCAGGUAUUUUAGUACUUAACAUGUUAAAGUUAACCUGGAUUAUUUAGCAAUGGUGUCUACCACUAACUUGUAGCCGCACCUAUUCUCAAAUUGAAGUCAAGUUGCCAGGCAUUGGAAUCCACAUAUCUAUUUAUAUGCAUUCCAAAAUCGUACUGAAUCAAUAUCUUUCGAAAACUAGGUUAUUAUUAAUGAAUAUAUAUCUUGCAUGACUCAAUAUAAUACCUAGUUGUACGUAGUUCCUGAAUUGUUAACAUAACGAUGUCAAUUCGUUGGCGUGUUAGAUACGUUAGGUAGUGGGGUCGCACGAAAAUACACAGAAGAAUCAUAUAAUUAAUGUACCCGUGGAAAGAUGGUGGUUAAUAAGAACAAUAUUUUUUGUUACAAUUUUUCAUGCGUGUAGACGAAACGGAAACAAAAAUCGAGGUAUAAAUUAACUGAUAUGUUGUAAAAAAUUGCGAAGUUCGCGUUAAUUCCGCUUUUCUCCGUGGUCACAGUGUGGCGCUAGUGUCAACUUGUUUUAUUUCCGUUUAGUCUAUACGCGUUUAAAAUAAAAUAUUGUAAAAGAAUAUUAAUAUUUACCAAUAGUUAACCGAGCAGACGGUAUCUAAGCAUAAGUUAACUAAAAUUAUGCUGAGAAUCGCAGAUUUGCUCGGAUCAAAAGUUAAACACGUUUAUAAAUUAUAUCGACACCUAGCUAAUAGGUAAUUGUUCCGCAACCCAAUUAUAAUAGAUGAGAAUAUCACUGUUACUGUAAUUGCAAGAUAUUUUUGUAAUGUAUCGAUAUGACGCUUCAGUUACGGCGUAAGUAUUAUUGUGUAUAAAAGACCCUAGUCGUAGGUAAUAUUUUGCUAGUUUUAACAUUUUUGCUCACACACAGCCAAUAUUUUAGUAAAGAUUUUAUUAUUUGAAUUUGUAUGGAGUGUUGCUAGUACCAAAAUACAGGAUCAGGCAUAAUGAAUUUAUUAACUAGCAACACUUAAUUGGAAUGAUUGAAUGUUAUGUGCUUCCUUAUUUUACAUUUGAAUAUUAUAAUUUUGUAACUUAUAACUUCAUUAUUUUUACAUGCAUCGAUUUAUUUAUGUAUAUUAAGCGAAUUAAUUGUUAAAAUAAGAAUUUAUUUUGAGAUUGUAUAUAGUAUAUGCUAUGGUUAAAUUGAUUAGUUAAUUGCUUAGCCUAAACACUUGCAACUUCGGUUAGUUAAACGGUCGGUUAGACAAUGGUUAUCAUUAAUAGUUAAGUUGCUUGUAUACUUAGAGUUAGUGCAGAGAUAAACCUAGGAGCUCAAUGUUUUACUAUAGACAAAUGGUAGUUUUAUAAAGUUAAUGAUCAGUUUUGGUUGCCCAUUCUUAACAUCCAUGUCAUCCAUUGCUCAAUGUCAUAAAGAAGCAGUUUAAAUAUUUCAGCUGUUAUUAAAUCAGUGAAUUGGUAACCAAAACUGAUAUUGUAAGUCAGUGUUUUAUUAUUCAAAUUGGUGUUAGAUUAGACCAUUUACACAAUCUUCGUAAUAUAAAUCAUCAUCUAAAUUUAUUAAAAUGUAUUAUUACUCGUGUUUAUUGUGCCCAUAUGGACUGGAGAUAUUUUUUUGUGUAAUGAUUAUAUCUCUCUCAGCUGUAUCAGAAAUAGUUUAAUAUUAGACUGUGACGAUGUUAAUAUCCAGUCCCCUGCCUGGUCAUUCAGGUUUUGUGGAAUUCCAACCUUCAAUUUAAGCAAGAUACUGUGUUCUACCAAAUUGAUUGUAGCAUUGAAAUAAAUAUUGUCAAAAUUACAUCAUAAUUGUGUACAGAAUCAGUCGUAAAUUACACAGAUUCCAACUGAGUUUCUAACUAGUUCAAGGUAACGUAUUUGCAGAAAUUGAACCUACCGUCUCUUAAUAAGUUAUCCCUGCACUGAACCCAAGUGGUAUAGUUAUGAUUGUUAGUAACAAUAAUGAGUAUACAUUGUAUUGUAUACAUAGUUGUAUAGUGUAAGCAGUUGCAGUUGUUUCUCGUCAAGUUAAUGUUAUAUUUAGUAAAGCAUAUCUGUAAUAAAUGUGUGUAUAUUGA